AUGGUGAUCUCAACGACGAGCAGUGAGCGUGGAGGGCAGGUGAACUCUACGUUUGCAUCGAGAUAUGUGCGUAACGCCCUCCCUAAGUUCGAGAUGCCGGAGACGUCGAUACCCAAGGACGCAGCGUAUCAGAUAAUAAAGGAUGAGCUAAUGCUGGAUGGGAACCCCAGGCUCAACUUGGCAUCAUUUGUCACCACGUGGAUGGAGCCAGAGUGCGAUCAGCUCAUCAUGGCCUCCCUCAACAAAAACUACGUCGACAUGGAUGAGUACCCUGUUACCACUGAACUCCAGAAUCGUUGUGUGAAUAUAAUAGCAAACCUUUUUAAUGCUCCCCUCGGAGACGGCGAAACUGCUGUUGGAGUGGGAACUGUUGGUUCUUCAGAGGCAAUGAUGUUGGCAGGCCUAGCUUUUAAACGAAAGUGGCAGCAAAAGAGAAAAGCAGAGGGCAAGCCUUACGACAAGCCCAACAUGGUCACCGGAGCCAAUGUGCAGGUUUGCUGGGAAAAGUUUGCGAGGUAUUUUGAGGUUGAUCUCAAGGAGGUGAAGCUGUCAGAGGGAUACUAUGUAAUGGACCCUGUGAAAGCAGUUGAGAUGGUGGAUGAGAACACUAUCUGUGUUGCAGCUAUUCUAGGAUCAACCCUCACGGGAGAGUUUGAAGAUGUGAAGCUCCUCAAUGACCUCCUUACUCAAAAGAACAAAGAGAAGGGCUGGGAUACUCCCAUUCAUGUUGACGCUGCGAGCGGAGGCUUUAUAGCUCCAUUUCUUUAUCCUGAUCUUGUGUGGGAUUUCCGUUUGCCCUUAGUCAAGAGUAUCAAUGUAAGUGGCCACAAAUAUGGCCUUGUAUAUGCUGGUGUUGGCUGGGUUGUAUGGAGGAGCAAAGAGGACUUGCCGGACGAGCUUGUCUUUCACAUUAAUUACCUUGGAUCUGACCAGCCCACUUUCACCCUUAACUUUUCUAAAGGUUCUAGCCAAAUAAUUGCUCAGUAUUAUCAGUUUAUUCGACUGGGUUUUGAGGGUUUCAAAAAUGUCAUGGAAAACUGCAUGGAGAACACAAGAUUUCUGAGAGAAGGAUUAGAGAAAACAGGGCGGUUUGAGAUUGUCUCCAAAGACAUAGGAGUGCCCCUUGUGGCCUUUUCUCUAAAAGACAGCAGCAAGCACACCGUGUUCGAGAUAUCUGAGAGUUUGAGAAAGUUUGGGUGGAUAGUUCCAGCCUAUACGAUGCCAGCCAAUGCAGAACAUAUUGCUGUUCUGCGAGUGGUUGUUAGGGAGGAUUUUAGCCGGGGCUUGGCUGAGAGGCUUAUCUCGGACAUUAUCAAAGUUGUGAAGGAAACAGACACACUCCCAAGCCGCAUCUCUACGAAAACCGCCCAUGUCACAGCUACUGUUGAUGAAGUGGUCUGUAGCAGUGAGGGGACGGUGAAGCCUGUUAAGAAGAGUGUAGAAGAGAUUGAACAAGAGAUUACAAGGCGUUGGAAGGGGAUUGUGGAUCGCAAGAAAAGAGGCGUAUGCUAA